UCAACAAGAGAGUUCCACGAUUGCCUUAAUGAAAUCUAAACUUUGAUUGGGUCUUAUGAUUUAAAUAACCAAUGAGACAAUCUGUUUUGUCUUGGCUUUGGUAUUGUGUCAAAUAUGGCUGCGGAAGGCACAUUGCUGUUUCAACGAGGACAGCAAGGGAGUGACAGUGAAAAUGAUCUGUGGGAUGACACAGCACUAAUCAAAGCAUAUGACAAUGCUAUCAGUUUAGUUAAGGCUCAUAUAAAGAAGGAGAAUGGUUUGACAGAUGAAGAAAAACCAGGAACAACAGAUAAAAAACGCAAAAGUGGGAAAAGGAAAAAGAGACAUAGAAAAAAGAAACAGUGGAGACCAGGAGAUCAGUGCAGAGCCACGUUUUCAGAAGACGGUUUGGUGUAUGAUGCUGAGAUUCUCUCGGUGGAUCAGCAGACGGGUACAUGUGUUGUGAGAUAUAGAGGUUAUGGCAAUGAAGAGGAGCAGAUACUGGACAACUUAAAACCUGCUCCUGGGCGACGACCACGGCAACAAAGAUUGUCAGAUAUGGAGGGAGGAAGCAUGGCAGACAGCAUGGAUUGGUGUGGACAAAGAUCAGAUAGUUCUAGCAAAGCUCCAGGCACCUCACAUCAAACCCACACAUCCACUCACAGAUCAGGAUUUCCAUGGCCAAGCAUGCCCCCCAUGCCAAAUUUUUCUUUUCCACCACAGUUUCCAUUCCCUGGGAUGCCAUCGUUUUCAAAUUUCACAAAACCACUGCCACAACAAAGUAAUAUUCCCUUUAUGCCCCCGCCCCCUCCCCCCGUUGACGAUGAUGUGAUGGAUGGAGAUAAUGAGGCCAUGUGUUCGAUGUUGAUGGCGUGGUACAUGAGUGGGUACCACACAGGCUACUAUCAGGGAAUGAAACAGGCGAGACAGCAUUACCAUGGAGGCACAUCUCCACAUCCGGACUCACUUAGAUAGUGCCUCCUGACAUCCAGAUCCACUCAGAUAGUGCUUCCACACAUCCGGACUCAUAUAGUUUCUCUAUCCAUAGGAUCUCCAUUCUUAUGAUAAACUAGAUAUAAAAAUUCAAUAUUGCAAAUUGUGUGGAAAUAAUGUUAGGUCUGGAUGUCUAGGUUUAUGCAUGUAAAUAGUAUUCAUCACUUUCACAUGCUUAAUUUAUAUCAAUGAGACAAGACUGUAUCAUAAAUUAUAAGAAUUCUGAGUGGAUAGGUUUACAUUUCCAAAUCUGAAAACAGUGUUAUAAUGGUCAGCAACUCUUGUGUACCAUUUUAAAACCUCUUACACAGUCCUAUUUGUGGGAGAACCAUGUGUUGCAAUUUCUCAAUAAAGUUUUUUAAUGUU